CACAGUCAGUAGCGGGUCGGAACUGACCAGAUAAAACACGAGAUCGUAGAGAAAUAAUAAAGUGCAAAAGAGAGAGAGAGAGAGAACGAAUACAAAGAAAGAGCAGACACAAACAAAUACGGCGAAAACAAACAUUUUUAAUUAAUUAUAAUUAGAUAAUAAUGGAUGCUGAGCAACAGAAUACCAACAACAACAACAACAACAGCAACAUCGACAGUGAUAAAUGCCAGAAGCUAAAGAGAUUUGUGAUCGUGGGGCUGCUCAUUACCAUUGGGAUCUUGAGUUGGCAUUUCUAUGAGUACUUCCAAAGCAAACCGCUGCCCAAAGCGCCCGAUGAUGUCUUGGCCCUCUCCAAAUCGCUCUAUGCGGAGGAGACUGCCGUCAGUCCAUAUCUCUAUAAAGUGAAUCUCCAGGGAAAGACCACAUCUGGAGCCCACGAUGAUAAAGCGCCAAAGAAUCUCUUUGAACUGCAUCAGGAUUUGCUGGCCAGAGAUGGAAAUUCUACUACAGCUUUACUCCUGCGCCUCUUCGACAACUACGAGUUGGAUGUGGCAGUGGCCGAGCAUACCACGUCCGAACAUGAACAGGAACAGCAUGAUUUUCUCCGGACUGUGAUGAAUACGCGGGCGAUGAAGCUAACGAUGAGAUUUUUGGUGCACAAAGAUAUUGUCAGCAGCGACUAUGAUGAGCAGCUGCGUCUGCUUCAGGAGCUAUGGUUCACACCCUACUCCCGGGGACGUGGCAUUGUGGGCAGCUCCAGUUUCGAGCAUGUCUUCAUGGCCGAACUACGCGACCAGAAGGUGCUGGGCCUCCACAAUUGGAUCUACUUUGCCGAUCAAGAGCAGCGCGGUAAUAUCGACUACAAGGGCUGGCUCAGCCACUUGGAAAUGGGGAAGCCCAAUCAAAUCUCCCUGGGCCUGCGUCACACCUUCUAUGGCAUACGGAAACCGGUAAAUGGCUUCUUUGUUGGCACCUCUCCCGAACUGGAGAUGAGUCUGUACACGGCCUGCUUCCUGGGCACCCCAGAGAAGGACCCAUGCCACAUUCAGCUGGGCCAUGCCAGUGUUUCGAUUAUCUCCCACUCGUGGGACUGGAAAGGCAAGCGCCUGAUAGCCUCUGCCUAUCCAGAAAAUCUUCCCUAGAACCGGCCCACACCCAGUGCCGUCCUUAAGUCAAUAAAAUUAGUUCAAUUCGUGUCUCAGCGUCGCUACCUCAUAACACACAUACCUACAGAACCAUCUAAGAUCCAAUGUCAAAGUCAAGUUCAUUUUAUUAUCGCACUUUAUGAGUGCUCUGUGGGGGUGGGAGGGCUCCAAGAAGUUCUCAUGACUGUCAUGGCCAAUUGCCAAACAAGUCAGUCAGGCACUGUCCAUCAGUGUUCCUGAGGCAGUGCCCUUGAAAGGGGCAAAUGUAAUGAUGGCCAGCACGCCAAAGGAAACUUUACGGAGGUGCUUAAGACUAUCCAUCUUAAUGGGUGUCCAUUGACCAACUUGUAUGUUUCCAAACUCUAUAAGUAGCACGUCGAACUCCCACAAAAUGUAACAUUUUACUCUAUGGAAACUAGGGAUAUUUCCAAGUGUAUUUGAUGCUUCGGCCUUACGAUGAAAGCCUGUUCAGACUUGUCUUUACUUUUCAUUUGUUUUGACAGCAUUGCGUGGGACUCAAAUCAUUAAGUUGUUUAUUAGUUGUAACAUUUAUGUUUAUUCCAUGACUUGGCAAAGGGGAAAAAGCUCAAACCAUUGAAAGUAAAGCGAACAUGAAAGUUGAAAGAAAUUAAUUGAUGACGAUAGCCUUGAACUUGAAUGAAGCCUUGCAGAUCAGCUUAGUAUUAGUAGAAAUGAAAUGA